AUGGCGGAGAAGCCAACAGUUCUCAUCAUUGGAGGUCUCGGAUACAUUGGACGAUUUCUCGCAUUACAUAUUCAUAAAAACAAUCUAGCAUCUGAAGUACGGAUUGUGGAUAAGGUACUACCACAAUUAGCAUGGCUGGCACCAGAGUUCGAGGGUGCUUGUUCGAAUGAUAAGUUCAUGCAAGCUGAUGCAAGUAAAGAGCAAUCGCUACCAAGGAUCUUCGAUCGCGCGGAUGGAAAACAGUGGGAUUAUGUCUUCAACUGUGGAGGAGAAACGAGAUAUUCGCAAGAAGAUGAGGUUUACAAGGUGCGCUCGUUGGCACUGAGUAUUGCGGUUGGGAACGAAGCUGCGAAGAGAGGUGUCAAAGCUUUCGUAGAACUGAGUACGGGAAUGGUAUACAAAUCAGAUUCGACACCGAGUAAAGAAGGGGACAGGUUGAAGCCCUGGAGUAAGAUCGCAACUUUCAAAUUACAGGCUGAGCAGGAAUUGGCCAAGAUUGAGGGGUUGAACCUCAUCAUUGUUCGUCUCGCACAUGUAUACGGCGACUAUGCCUCACAAUUCGUUCCUACCGCUCUCACCAUGGCACGUAUCUACCAACAUCUCAACGAAGAGAUGAAAUGGCUUUGGACGAAGGAUUUGCGCGUAAACACAGUCAACAUAAAUGAUACUUGCAAAGCGCUCUGGGCCGUCGCCGAAUGGUAUGCCGUCUCCGGGAAACCAAAUUGGGAUGUCAAAUCUAUGGGCAAUAUUCCCACUUUUAAUGUUGUGGAUAAGGAGGAAACAUCUCAGGGGACUAUCGCGGAACUUAUCGGCGAGAUUUUUGGCAUCAAAACUGGAUUCCAAGGACAGCUCGUUAGCACUUUCGCAAAGAUGAAUAUGGAUAGCGUUGUGGAUGAUAUCAACGAAGAGGUUCUUGGUCCUUGGGCGGAUCUUCUCGAGGAAGCGGGUAUUACACGACCAGGCCCUCUUACGCCAUUCAUGGAGAAAGAAUCACUGAAGGAUACCGAUUUGAGCAUGGACGGGAGCAGAAUUGAAAAGGUGGUUGGGUUCAAAUAUGAUCACCCAAAGCUUACCAAGGACUUGUUGCAGGGUAUGAUCGAUAGUUAUAUCAGAAUAGGCUGGUGGCCUGUUGCAAAAUAG